AUGCUUCUUGUAGGCAUUUUAUUUGCCAACUUUCCAUGGUUAUAUAUUCGAGAAAGUUGGGGGACUCUUCUUAGAAAGACUGCUUUUUUGUUAAUUCUUCUUCGAUGUGGUUUUGGACUUAAUCCAAAAGUAUUACGUAAAGAAAUGUUAUUCUGUUCAAGUCUUGGACUUUUAACAACAUUUAUUGAAGUUGCUUCAAUUAUAAUUAUUUCACAUUUUUAUUUUAAUGUUGAUAUUUCUGUAGCUAUUUUAUUUGGUUUUGUGUUAGCUUCCACUUCCCCAGCAGUAACAGUCCCAACAAUGAUUGAAUUACAACAUAAACAUAAAGGGACGUCUAAAGGAAUUCCAACAAUUGUUUUGGCUAGUGCUUUAAUUGAUAAUAUUUUUUGUAUUUCUGCUUUUUCUAUAGCUUAUGAAAUUGUUUCUUCAUCAAAAGGUAUAUUAAUUCGAAAUAUUCCUAUAUCCAAUUUUGACGACAAAAUUUCCCCUAAAUUACAUUUUUCCCGUACAAUUCUUCUUUGUUUUAUUUCAACUGCUUUGUUUUUUGGAUUGGAAGCUUUACAUUUAUCAGUCAGCGGGCCUAUAGCUGUUUUGUUGACAGCUUUUUUGGCAGCUUUUGGUUGGGCUAAUGAUAAUCCAAAAAGGGCUCGACCCGAAGCUAAAGCUCUUUGUUUAAUUUGGGAUUUAAUUUUUCUUCCUCUUUUAUUUUCUCUUAUUGGCUUACUUUUUAAUUUCUCAAAUUUUACUUUUAUUAUUUUUUGUAAUUCAAUUAUUUUUAUUUUAAUUGCUUUAAUUAUUCGAAUUUUAAUUGUAUUUUUAAUUACAAAUUUUAAUCAAAAUUUAAAUUUAAAAGAAAAAUUAUUUUUUUCGUCAGUUUUUAUUCCUAAGGCAACUGUUCAGGCGGCAUUAGCUCCAAUUCUCUUUGAUUUCAGCAAUUUACUAGCUAAAAAUAAUUCUCAAUUUAUUUUACAAACAUGUAUUUUAAGUAUUUUAUUUACUGCUCCAACAGGACAAUUAUUAAUUAAAAUACUUGGAGAAUAUUUAUUGUCAAAUGAUGGUGAAAAUAAAAAUAAAAGAAAUUCAAUGACAGCAACGGUUACCCCAACAAUUGAAUUUAAACAAAUUUAA